UCUCUUCGGUCCUGCUGUGGUCCGCUCCCUGCGCUCUCUUUGACUGUUUACAACAUUAAUGGCGGAAGCCAGUUUUAUCCUUUCCAGGUGAGUUGGCUGAUUGAGGACGGGCUCCUGUGGAUUCUGGCCAUGGAUGAAGAGUUGGCGCCUUUGGACUGCCUGCUGCCCUCAGGCAAGCAGAGGAUCUGUCUGAUCAUUCUGAACCAGCCUUUGGAUAAGGACUAUUUACACAUCCUCUGGAAUAAAGCUGUCUUGAGGGCAUGUGCUGAUGGAGCUGCCAAUCACCUUUAUAACAUCACUGCUGGAGACCGAGAAAGCUUUCUCCCCGACUAUAUCAGUGGGGAUUUUGAUUCCAUUACUGCCGAGGUCAAAGCUUUCUAUUCAGACAAGGAGUGCAAGCUGAUAGAAACAGAUGACCAGGAUCUAACAGACUUCACCAAGUGUCUUGCAAUCAUGGUGGAGGAAAUUCAGACAAGACAGUUACAGGUGGAUGCCAUAGUGACACUGGGCGGUCUGGCUGGCAGAUUUGACCAGACCAUGGCGUCUGUUGAGACCCUCCACCACGCUCUGUCCAUGACACGACUCCCCCUGUUGAUCAUACAGGGGACUAGCCUGGCGUACCUGCUCAGACCCCAGGGCAGCCACAGACUGGGGGUGAACACAGGCCUGGAGGGCGACUGGUGCAGCCUCAUUCCAGUUGGUGGACCCUGCCAAACAAUUACCUCUGGACUCAAAUGGAACCUGAAUAACCACGUCCUGCAAUUUGGGAAGCUAGUAAGCACCUCCAACACCUAUGAACCCGUUUCCCCUGGAAAGCCCAGGAAGCCUGUAACCAUUACAACAGACCAACCUCUGCUCUGGAGCAUGGGCAUCAGCAAGGAAAGGGAAUGACACAGAAGAAAUACUUCUACUCAGCCAGUAUUUGACUCAUCAGGACAUGCAACAACUAUUCUACAGCUGAGCGACCGCAAACUCAAGUUUUGUAUGCUUUAUACAGUAUGAAGUGGAAAAGAAAAAGGUGAAAGCAUAAUCUCAUGUGGCCAAAAACUUCACAUUGUUUCUACGAGUGAUAGAAUGAUGAAUGACUUUGUUAGAUCUUAAACUGACUGAUUGGUAUAACAACUAAAAUUACUAAAGUGGCACUCAUGUGGGUGUGCUUCUUCAUUGUA